UAAUCAAUGUAGCCCGGCUCACAUCAAUCCGGCUUGCUGGAUACUCUUCAACCGCCAAAAGGUCUGCAACUGUUGGAUAUUGCGCCUUGCGCGACUCUUUUCCCUCUUUUCCAUGUACUGAUGUACAUAUACUUUCACCCACACCCCCAACCCAACCACUAAGCGAACACAUACACAGAAUGCGAACCAGAAGCCAAUCCAAGCGCCCCCAAUCAGUGGGUGAACAAGAAGACAUGAAAAGCCGUCAUGUACCAGAUAGCAUUGAUGAUAAUGAAACUCUUUCGAAUAUUUCAAGAGAUGCUGUGGGAAAGCUUUUGAAAAGAGUUAACAAAGGGUUCAAUAAAGAAAAUGUUGGCUAUUUGCGCCAAUGGGAAUCUGCAGCUACGAUGGAGAGAGGAUCAAGGGACAUUGAUAAAAGAUCUGCUGGUACAGCAGUAGAGAAGGGUACUGCAGAACCCGAAUGUUAUGGUAGAGAAGCAAUGCAGUAUGCUUCUAGUCCAGAAAAGGAUGAGGACGAUAAAGAUUAUGAUGACUCUGAAUGGGAAGAUGGGUCCAUUCCUGCAUUAUCUUCCAUGAAGGAUUUUCAUGAAGAUUUAGCCAGUGGAAUAUCUGUUGAGUUUGAUGUUUCAGACUGCUUGCCAAAGCGGAAGCCUGUCCGUCGAGCUACUGCAGAAGAGAAGGAAGUUGCAGAGUUGGUGCACAAGGCUCAUUUGCUUUGUCUUCUGGGAAGGGGAAGGUUGAUCGAUUGUGCUUGUAAUGAUCCUCUUAUUCAGGCUUCUCUACUUUCUCUGGUUCCAACACACUUGCUGAAGAUAGCAGAAUCCUCUAAACUUACUGCCAGUCGUUUGGUCCCUCUUGUUAGUUGGUUCCACAACAAUUUCCAUGUUAGAAGUCAAAGUGUAGCUGAGAAAUCAUGUCAUUCAGCACUGGCAUCAACUUUGGAAACUCGAGAGGGAACACCAGAAGCAGUUGCAGCAUUAUCUGUGGCACUAUUUAGGGCGCUGAAUCUCACAACUCGGUUUGUUUCAAUUUUGGAUGUGGUCUCCUUGAAGCCUGAUGGUGAUAUAUCAGAGCACAUCAUGGAAGUUUGCAGCAAGAGAGGACGAGAUAUAUUUAGCUCAUCAACUCUGAUGGUUGCUGGACCUAGCUGUUCCUCUGCUUCCACUUCGAAAUCACCAACAGGGGUUGAGCAUGGAAUCAGCCAGAGUGCUGCAGGAGGUGCUGGCAGGCAUAAGGCUGACAAAUCAAAGAAGAAUGGGUUGCAAUGCCAAGAUUCUCUUACUAUUGAUAAGCCGAAAGAUAAAAUGUCAGAUGUAGCGGUCCCUGAGACCCCAAUUGAUAUUUCUGAACCCUGCCUUGUAAAAUCUGAUGGAUUGAAGAGGAAAGGAGAUCUUGAAUUUCAAAUGCAGUUGGAAAUGGCUCUCUCGGCUACAGCAAUUGGAAGUUCUAAAAUAAGCAUGGCAUCUAGUGCAUCAGAAUCACCCAGCAGGUCCUCAACUCUCACUCCACCUUCUAAAAGAAUGAGAAAAAUUAAAAAAGAAGAAUCUCAGACUUCCUCAGAUGGAAUAUCUACAGCUAUUGGAUCAAAAAAGGUGGGAGCGCCACUUUAUUGGGCAGAGGUUUUUUGUUGUGGAGAGAACUUGACUGGAAAGUGGGUGCACGUUGAUGCUAUCAAUGGAAUUGUAGAUGGAGAGCAUAAAGUAGAAGCUGCAGCCCUUGCAUGCAAAAAAUCUUUGAGAUAUGUAGUUGCUUUUGCUGGUCAAGGGGCUAAGGAUGUGACUCGCAGGUAUUGUACAAAGUGGUACAAGGUAGCAGCAAAAAGGGUCAAUUCUAGCUGGUGGGAUGCAGUGUUGGCACCAUUGAGGGAGUUGGAGUCAGGUGCAACUGGGGGUGGUGUUAAUUUGGAAUAUGAAGCUUCAUCACAUGAGAAGAAUGAAGAGUCCCAAGUGGCAAACUCAAAUCAUGGCUGCUCUAUUGAUAAGAACCACUCAUGCGGAGCAUGCAAAGAGUGUUCUGAGAAACAGGUUGAGGGGUCCUCUAUGAGGAAAUCUUUUGCUUCUACCAGGAGCUCCCUGGAAGAUAUGGAACUAGAAACUAGAGCACUAACUGAACCACUUCCUACGAAUCAACAAGCCUACAGAAAUCAUCAACUGUAUGUGAUUGAAAGAUGGCUUAACAAGAAUCAAGUUCUGUAUCCCAAGGGGCCUGUACUGGGAUUUUGUUCUGGGCAUGCUGUGUAUCCGCGUACUUGUGUCCGAACACUUCGUACAAAGGAAAGGUGGUUCCGUGAGGGGCUGCAAGUGAAAGCUGGUGAAGUUCCUGCUAAGGUUCUCAAGCGUUCCCUGAAGCGUGGUAAAGAAGAAGCUGCAGAUGACAACAACUACACUGAUGGGGAUCAUCAAGAUAUUACUGCCCUUUAUGGGAGGUGGCAGACAGAACCACUGCAUCUACCUCGAGCUGUUAACGGGAUUGUGCCUAAGAAUGAACGUGGUCGAGUGGAUGUGUGGUCUGAGAAGUGCCUCCCACCAGGUACAGUCCAUUUGCGCUUGCCAAGAGUGGCAGCUGUAGCGAAAAGGCUGGAUAUUGAUUAUGCUCAUGCAAUGGUUGGAUUUGAGUUCAGAAAUGGUCGGUCUGCUCCUCUAUUUGAGGGUAUUGUAGUUUGUACUGAGUUUAAGGAUGCUAUUCUACAGGCAUAUUUAGAGGAAGAAGAGAGAAGAGAGGCUGAAGAAAAAAGGAGAAAUGAAGCACUGGCACUAUCAAGGUGGUAUCAGCUUCUUUCUUCCAUCAUUACUCGGCAGAGAUUGAACAGCUGCUAUGGAGCUGGAGCAUUAUCACAACCCUCCAGUGAAAUCCCAAAAUCAGAUGAUAAAUGCUCUACAUCAGCUACUCGUGCCCAAGAAAUUGUAGCAUCUCCAAGAUGCCAACAAGAUGACACUUCUGAAAAACCUUAUGUUUUACCCUCUAUGCCCGAAGAAAACCACGAACAUGAAUUUGUUUUGGACAAGGAGGUGUUUGGUGAAGAAGGCCCGACUCAAGUGAAGCGAUGUCGCUGUGGAUUCUUAGUACAGUUUGAGACAAUAUAGAAACUCUGUUACGCAUUCUUGUUGGAUAAUAUUGCAGAAGGUGGCUGCAUUCGAGCUGUCAACAAAUCCAUAUUUUGGUCAUGUUGUCUCUAAGCCCUGUGAAACUUUUGAAUUAUUGCUAAGAGCGGCCUGUGUAACAUAUCUGAUGUGGGGAUACAAAUGAACUUAUUUAUUUUGAAGUCUUGUAUUUUUGUGGAAAAGCACACAGUGAUCUUGCAUUGCC